AUGUUUACUCAUAAUUUCGAAGAAAAAAAAACUGGGGAAGCGUCCAUCAAAGACAUAACAGCUGGUACAUUUAAUAAACUCUUAGAGUAUAUUUACACAGGCGAAGUUUCAGAUUUGAAUAGUUUUGCUGAAGAUUUACUAAAAGCUGCUGAUAAAUAUGAGAUAUUAUUAUUAAAAGAGAUGUGUGAGAUAUCUUUAUGUAAAACCUUGAACCAUGAUAACGCCGUGAGAAGGAUGGACCUAGCUGACAUGCACGAUGCUCCGUACUUAAUAGACUAUAUUAUUAAAUGCAUCAUGCGUGAUCCAUUAAAAAUUAUUCCUGCCAAAGGUUCCUAUCACUACUCUAAUUAUCAAUUGGUAGAAGAUUUUAAAGAACUCUACAAGACUAGAGCCUUCAGCGACAUGGUUAUCAAUGUCGGAGAAGAAAAGCUUCAGGCUCACAGAAUAAUUCUCAUGACUCGGAGUCCAGUCUUGGCUUCAAUGUUUAAUCAGGAGAUGUCCGAGAAGAAAGUUAAUGAAGUUGUGAUAACUGAUAUUUCUUCAGAUACAUUUGAAAAAUUAUUAGAGUAUAUUUAUACGGACGAAGUAUCGGAUCUGGAGGAAGACGCUGCGGAAUUGUUGAAAGCGGCUGACAAAUAUCAGCUGGCUUCACUUAAAAAGAGAUGUAAAGAGUCGCUCUGCAAGUCCUUGAAUCCUGAAAACGCCCUUAAGAUGCUGGAUUUAGCAGAUCGCUUUAGUGCUCCAUACCUGAUGGAGUAUGUCACUAAAUGUAUCACUGCUGAUGAAGCGAAAAUUGUAGAGAGCGAAGAAUUCAAGGAGUAUGAAAAGUCUAAUCCGUCUUUGGGGCUGAGAUUGUUUAAGGAACUUGCAGUUGCUAGGACUUGUUGUGAAGCUGGGAUAAGAUAUUCGACACUUUGA